GGAGUAAUUUAUAAGGCGGACUAUUUUUUUCAAUUCAUUCAGUUGCUUGUCUUUUCUGAUUGCAAGUCUUGAUUAACGUUGAACUCUUUUUGGACAUUAAGGCAGUAAACAUUACGACUCUUGUGUUUAAUAGUGAGGCCGACUAACAUUCAUUGAUUAAUUUGAUGCAUUGUCUGCUCCGUCCACAGUGCCCGCCCCAUUUGGCUUUUACGUGGGCCGAUAGUGGGAGAUUGAUCACAUCUCCGGGAUUUGCUGUGGAGACAGAGCACACAGGCGGACUGAGAUUUGCUCUCUUAUCAGAUGGACAGAAAACACUAACACGGACUUGAUUCAGCUUCUAAACAGUAUUUAGUCAUUUCAUGUCCCCGUGGAGUGUCCCAAGUAGUCGUACCAGACUUGGACUUGAGUACCGCGGAUCUCCUCCGCAGUAGUUCGUGGAUGUGUGGUGGUAGCACGCCGGGGAGUGGGUUGGGUCGCCCGGGUGCCUGGCACACAUCCUCGGUGAUAAAACGGCAAAGGUGAGCGGAAGAAAAGACCCCAGUAAAAGAGGCACAGCGCUUGUGGAGGGCGCCGUGGGAGGGGAGAGCACCUUGCGAGGAUUUGUCUCGUCAAGACAAGCUGAGCAGGAUUCGUCUUUUUUUCCCCCGCUCCUUUUCCGGGUCUGGAGGAGCGUUCAUCCAAGCAGGAAGGGGACAUCGCAAGGCACGAUGACAACCGGUGUGCUCCUCGUCGCCUUAGCGCUGCUUGCAGGUGCCGCCGUGGCCCAGAGAGUGGUGACGGUGCAGAGCGGGCCGCUCGUCCGGACGGAGGGUUCCCACGUGACCAUCUGGUGCAACGUGACGGGCUACAAGGAAGGGGUGGAGCAGGACUUUGAGUGGUCCAUGUACCUGGCGUCGGCGCCGGACCGGGAGAUCCGCAUCAUUAGCACGGCCCAGCCCAACUAUGCCUACGCCGUUUACAGCCAGAGAGUGAACAGCAAAGACAUCUAUGUGGAGAGGCUGAGUCGUGACUCGGCCCUGCUGCACAUCACCAAAGUGCAGGCCAAGGACCAGGGCCUGUUUGAGUGUUACACGCCCAACACGGACGGUCGCUACCUGGGCUCUUACAGUGCACGCACCAAUCUCACUGUUAUUGCUGACUCGUUGACAGUAACAGCUCCAGCCCAGACUCUGUCCAAAGUGGAAGGUGAUACACUACAACUUACCUGUGAAGUGUCCAGGACCACAAUGCAACACACACACUUAUCAGUGGGCUGGUACCUGAAGGCCCCAGAUGACACGACAUCCGCCACACAAGAGUUGCUUACCCUGUCAAAGGACUUUGUUCUACGGUCCGGGGGUCCGUACCGCCAGAGGAUGGCAGCAGGGGACCUCAGACUGGACAAAACCAGCGCCACGUCCUACCGACUGACCAUCCACAAGCUGCAGCCGGUGGACCAGGGCCUGCUGUACUGCCAGGCUGCCGAGUGGAUUCAGGACCCUGAUGGCAGCUGGUUUGCCAUGACCCGCAAACAGAGCGACAAGACACAGCUCCGCGUUCAGCCCACCGAUCGUGACUUCAGCAUCCAGGUGAGCACGGAGCGACGGCCCUUCACGGCCGGUGAGCCGCUGGAACUCCGCUGCGCCAUCGAGGCGCAGAACGUCCCCGAGCGCUUCUUCUCGGUGUCGUGGGUCUUCAGCAGCUCACCGGUGGCCGUGGUGGGCCCCGGUGCCGUGCCCGUCCUGGGCCCCGACUACGUGGCCCGUGAGGCCGCCGGCCACAUGACCGUGCGCAAGGAGAGCGCCAACGUGCACCUGCUCAAACUGCAGCACCUGCGCACCGAAGACGCCGGCAAAUACAUCUGUCGUGUGACGGAGCGGGAGAAGACGCCCACGGGGGACUUCAUCGACCGCAGCAAGAGGUCCCGCAAUGUUCAGAUCACAGUGCAGCCGCUCAAGAGCAACAUCACCGUGUUGUUGUCAAGCAACUCCUCCGAGGUCCUGGAGGGCAACAUGAUGCAACUGACCUGCGUGGUCCACUCCACCACAGGCCCUCUGUCUGUGGUCUGGCGGUGGAUGGCCAAGCAGGGAAACGGUCCGGCCCAGGAGGUAGCCUCUUUGGAUCGUGACGGCACCGUGCGACACAGCGAUGCCUACAAGGAGCGCUCCAGCUACGGCGAGAUACGCGUGGAGAGGCUGCAGGCCGACACGUUCUCGCUCUCCGUGUACAACGCCUUGCCCGAUGAUGAGGGGCUGUACAGCUGCACUGUAACGGAGUGGUUUCAAACGGGAACUGAACCGGAGAUGACUUGGGGGAAGAUUGGAGAGAAGUCCGCCACGGAGACGAUCACCGUCAAAAGUGUUGAGUCCUCCUUCAUGGUUUCAGCCUCGUCACGGACUCCAUCUGUGACUUUCGGAGACUCCUUCGACCUUCUGUGCUUGGUCAAACCACGUCACAACCCUCGUGUCCCAACCUCGGUCACCUGGCGCUUCAUACCGGCUGGCACGAAGGCAGCCGACGAGGGAGAGUUCAAGGAGCUGGUGACUUUCACCCGAGAAGGUACACUGAAGUGGGGGGAGCAGUUGCUCGGCCUGGGCACCCGCACCACGGUGGACCGCUCUCAUUCCAACACCAACUUCUGGCUGUCGGUGACACGGGCGGGGCGUCGCGAGGCCGGCAAGUACCAAUGCACCGCCGUCCUGUGGAGGAAGAACUACGACAACAGCUGGAGCAGAGUAGCCAACCGCACUUCCAACCUGCUCGGAAUCAGCGUCCUGCAGCCAGAGAGUAAGCUACGAAUGCAAAAGACCAACCAGUCAAUGGUCAACCUGGAGGACAGUCGGGUCAGGAUCAAUUGCUCCAUCGCCUCCCAGAGCAGCCAGGACUCCCAACAUGCUGUGUUGUGGUACGUGAGACGAGCCAAGGGGUCGGAGACCGACGAGCUCCUGCUGAGGAUUGAGCGAUCAGGCGCCAUCGAGUACGGCACUUACGCAGACGAGGAGAGGCUCCGGCGGCGCGUGCAGGCCGAGAGGCUUUCGCCUCGCCUGUAUGCCCUGACGCUGAACAGGGCGGAGAGCAGCGACUCGGGGACGUACUACUGCCUAGUGGAGGAGUGGCUGAGCGACCCAGAUGGAACGUGGUAUCGCCUCUCGCGGGACACGUCCGGGUUCACGGAGGUUCUGGUUAGACAGCCAGAGGCUCGACUGCAAGUAGAGGAGACAGAGUCAAAUGUGACUGUGCCGGAGUCCGGAUCCAUCCGACUGGGCUGCAGCAUUCCCUCCCAGUCGUCCCGGGACUCUCGCUUCUCCGUGUCUUGGUACGUCGAGCGCUUUGACGAUGAGUAUGAAGAGCUGCGUCCGGGGGAAGAAGAGCACGGCGAGCGGGAGUGCGUGUUCUCAAUUGGACAUGACGCCAUUUUUGGGAACGGAAACUGCAGCCCCAGAGAGGAGGCGGGACCAAACUCCCGGUUGCAGUUUGAGAGGACAACGUUGGAUCAGUACAGCCUGACCAUUCAGGGAGCUCGGCCCACAGACACGGGUCGCUACUACUGUCACGUGGAGGAAUGGCUGCUCAACCCUCGUAAUGCUUGGUACCGCCUGGCAACCAACAAUUCUGGCAUUAUUACAGUCAACGUGCUGCAACAAGAGUCCACCGUCAAGUCGGUGGUGUGCUCCAACGACGCUCUCUUCUACUUCGUCUUCUUCUACCCAUUCCCCAUCUUCGGCAUCCUCAUCAUCGCCUUGCUGCUGGUACGCUUCAAGAGCCGCAACAACAGCAAGAGCCAAGAGGGCAAGAACGGAGCCCCCCUCCUGUGGAUUAAAGAACCACACCUCAGCUACUCGCCCACCUGUCUGGACCCGCCGGCGCUCAGCCUGCACCCCGGCUCUGUGGACUAAGAAACGCGGUGAUGCCCGAGUCGCUGCACGUCGCCGAUCCAGUCGGCGCAAGGAGCGUCAGGACUCCGCUGCUGUCUUGAUCCAUCGGUCAAUCGGCUGCCUGUGUGUGUGCGUGUGCAAGAGCAGUGUUAUCUCUGUGCCUCAUUGGUGUGUGUCUCAUUUUUUUUAAUUACCCUGAAUAUUGGUCUAUUUUUCAAAAACAACUUUUAAGAGAAGGAACUCAGGCAUUGAUUGGAUGCCCAAAAAAAGUGUCCACAGUCCAAUCUAAGCGCACCCACUACGCUGGUUGCCAUAGUGAUGCUCCGAGGAGACUACUGACUCCGUAGCUGAUGACUUGGCAGCCUUGCAUGGAGGCAAAGGAAAGGUCCACCUGGUCCCACUAUGAGUUUGGCCCACAGAAGAAAAUCCUGGCGCGCCACUUCAACACUGCCAGACAGACGGACUUCUGGACCUACCCGGCCCCCUCUCACCCCCUUUUUGGAGACCACAGAGAAACAAAUUCAACACAUUUCCUUUUCUGUCCUCCACAUUUCCACAAAAGAUGGGGGGAUUGUAAAUACCUCCUUUUCUGGCUGUUUGAGUUGUUGAAGGGUGUUGAAUGAAAUUCAAAUAUCACACAUUUAUUUUAAUAUAUUGCCCUAUUUUAUCUUUACAAGAUAUCUCUAGAUAUUGGAAGGCAACUAGUGUGUAAAAUUGCGAAAUAGCUAAAUGGGCCCACUGUAAUUAUGGUAUAUUGGUGUCAAUGAUACCAAACUGGGUAUUGUAUCAAUAAGAAAUUUGGUGGUAUCACUCACCCCUAAAGUCAACCAACUUGACCUCAGUGAGCAUCUCAAUGAAACGCCGCAGGUGUGUUUUCCUUGUUGUUUGGCUUUUUUGUGGUGCCGCCGGAGAAAAGGGGUACCGGUGAUAUCAAAGUGGAAAAUGCGCUAAUAACCGUAGAACAGGAGAGGAGUCAUGUGGGAAAGUACACGUCUAUUCUGGCUGCUCAGUACAAAGAGCCAACAGACAAUAAGUCUACAAUAAUAGAAGAACGGCGUACACCACAAAGUGAGGUGAGUGAUGAGACACGCCUCCCAAGCAUGCACAUGUGUUAAAAACAUGUUUAUUCACGUAGGGAUUAUCGUCUUUUUACGUUUGUAUGACUCAACAUAUUGUCUCUUUCUGUGCCAAGUCCUCAUUCCCCCAAAAAGAGUGGCCGGAUUGUAAAUACCCCCUGCUGUGACCAUUUCAGGUGCUCCGAAAUUCAAAUCUCACACAUUUCAAAAAUUGCCGUAUUUUGUCUUGAAAGAUGACUAGUGUGUAGAUACUGUAAUGUAGUCAAACAUACAUGGUAUCGUAUGAGUACGUGGCUGCGAGCACGUGUUUUGUUUUAAAGAUGUUUUUUUCUAUUUAUUGUUUUAUACUUUUUCAUUUAUUUUUGUUUGUUUUGACUUUGAAAUUCUCUGCUGCUUACGUUGCCUGGCAACAGCACCAAGCAGAUGAUGCUAGAGAUGUUCCAUUUCCUACCAAGUGAUUCAAUUCAAGGGUAGACCAGUUCCAACACUGCACAGCUAUGAUGAAUACUACUGUGGCUUCACGUGUAACGUUUGGAAAAGAACAAUAAAAAGGUUUUGCUUGUUCUUUUGUGGCACUACUCCUCGGCAGGAUUUUUUUUUUUUUAUACAGAAAGUGGCAAAGGGUUGAACAUUUGCAUCGCCUUGCCUAGAAUGCAAGAGACAGGACAGCUCCCUUUCACUGCCAGACUGGACCUACAAACCCAACUGUCAUCUCAGUCGUGUGAACGUGUAUAUUGCAUGACGAUACUGCUGGAGGCAUUUUAGAUGUUUCGUAAACAUGGAACUCUCUGGGUGUUUGCUUGUGGGACAGAGCGCCACGCCUGAAACCGACGCCCGCCCUUCCAUAAGCCCCGCCCCUCCCUUCAUUACUCACCAACCUCCACUGCCAACUCAUGACCAUGUGAUGUGUGUACUAGAAUACUGUUGCAUGUAUCGCCAGGUUUUCUUAGAUACAAACAAAAUAACCUCGGUUGGAGACACAUGCUUUUCAUUUAGCACCACAGUGGUCUCUUGCAAGAAUUUAGUAGGAAAUCCUAAAAAUGUCAUACAAUACUCCCUCGUUUAUCGCGUUUACCAGUCUCAACCGUGAUAAGUGAAUUUCCGCAAAGUAGGAUUCCUACUAAUGUUUUUGGAGUUAGAGCAAGUUAGAGAAAACAUGUUUACAACCUUCUAAAUACAGGUUUUAACAUUAGAACCCUCUAGACAUGAAAUAGCACCCCUAUAAUAACCUUUACCCAAUGUAGUAGACAAAAUGUCAGAGAAUAAGCCAUAAAAACGACUUACAGUAAGCUUUAGUGAUCAGUGUAGAAUACUACAGAUCACGUCUUUGAAUGCGUCUUCUGAAUGCUUGAACAAAUCUUAUGCUUGAAAAUGCUUAAUUUAGGCAAAGAGCAUGUAAGAGUUCCUUAAAUACGCAUGUUUUUUUUGACUAACCAUAGACGGUAUUCAACCAGGAAACAGCAUGACUUAUUUAUUUGUGUAUUUUUGAAAAACCGUGAUGGAGAGAAACCACAAAAUUUGACGCGAGAAGUGGCAAGUUGGAUUGCGCUUCAAACUUCACUUCAGUCUCAUGUUUUUUCAAAAUAUAUUAAUGAAUAAAUAUCACAAAUAUAUUAAUUAUUUCACAAAGUGUUUUGUGGUUGACUACAGCCUAAUAGUAAAAAAAAAAAAAAAGCGUAUUUUAGCAUAUUUGACAUAAUGAAGCGUUUCAAGCAUUCAAAUGACUGAAUGAACUAAAAUACAAAUAUAAGGCAUUCAGAAAAAGCAUUGAAAGACACAUUGUGAUAUGUAGUAUUCUACACUGGCCAGUAGGUGUCAGUAAUGGCACAUUGUUACAUUGAUGAGACAACAGCCACAGCAGGAAGAACUCUCUGGACACCGGUUAAAAAAAAAAAAAAAGCAGCUCUCCCAAUGCUAACAUGUGUGAGUCUAUGAUGUCUUUGUUUUUGAUGUCUAUUGUUUUUUUAUUAUGUCUGCUAGAUUGGGUAAUACGAGUGUAAAGGUGACUGUAGGUGUGUUAUUUCAUGUUUAGAGGGCUCUAAUAUUGUAAAAAUAAUAUAUAUAUAUAUAUAUAUAUAUAUAUUUAGAAGGUUGUAAACAGGUUCUCUAUGCUCUAACCAUAAAAAUAUUCCAUUUAUUAAGGAAUCCUACUUUGUGAUGAUUCACUUAUCACGGCACUGUCACAUCAUUAACCGCGAUAAACGAGGGGUCGCUGUAUUCCCAGUGCAUGACUUAAGUGUGAAGUCCUACUAACUUGUCGCAAGAACAUGCUCAGAGCUUUUUAUUUCCUAUUAUUAUUGUUAUCAUACGAGAGAUUAUCUGCAUCCUUCAUGCCGAAGCACCACUUCAAAAGUAAUAAAUAGUGUACUAAAUAGCCUCCAGCUAUGUAACCUUGUAGGCGCGUUUCAAGCAUCGUAAACUUUUAUCCAGCAAACUUCUACCACAGCAGCUUCACAUCCAAUUAGAAAAUCCAUUUAGAACUUGGUAAAGCGAAUAGUGUAUUCCUUACUGUACCAAAGCACAUUUUUCACACACGGGCUGUGCUGUAAAUGCAACAUGUGCAGUGAAAAGAGUGUAAUUGUUAGAGAAGAGUGUGCAUGUCCACGUAGAGGUUUGUCGUGUUGAGGUGCUUGGAAAUGCUGCCUCAUUAAAUAACAAUGUUUAUUGACCAGCUCACCUUGUCCUAUGAUUAAUAGGCUUCCUGUUGGCCCCAAAGCUCCACAAGUUAUUGACGAAGCUGCUGGUGGUUUGACAGUAAUGGUUGCAUUCGUUAUUGACUUGCAUUUCACUUCAAAAAAAAAAAGUUUAUGUGCAUUUUCUACUCAUUCCUGUCGCCAGGAAGUGGAGGGAAGGGCAUGGCCACACCCUUGCUAGAGCUGUACAGACGCGCUCUGACUGGUGUUUUUGUAGUAAUAAAUACUAUUAUGAAUAAUGAGUACCAUCCCUAGCUGCCUACAGACGGUGUUGUAGCUGCCUUUGUGAGGGCUGCAUGUAAGGACUGUGUGCUGGCUCCACAUUUAGCUGUAAAAUACUGUGUGGUGAUGUUUUCAGUUCAGCCGGUGAUGCUCAAGUGAUGUAUUUUUAUAUCUCUAUGAUUUUGUUCUUUUUAUUUGGGGAUUUUAAUUCUGUCCAAUAGUUGCCAUUGUGACCGUUUAAAAGAAGAAGAAAAAAGGCACUUUGCUAUUGUCGAUUUAUUGCAAUAAAAUCACUUACAGAUGGAA